AAUCUUUUAUUUCAAUACUCUGGAUACCCACCAACUUAUAUCCUUUUCCCUAAAAAAUUAGUAUUUUAAAAAUAUAGUUUCUAUAAUUAAGUGAGCCUCUGUAUUAAUAGCCUAGUUUUACAUUGCGAAAAUGUGGUAUUAAUCUUUGUUUAAACAACCCAAAUUUACUAAGAUAUCACACUCCGAUUCGAUUCUAAGCGGCUGUUUGCUGUUUGCUUAGGGAAAACAAGUCAGAGAUCUUCCAUUGAUUUGGCUAUAUAUACGCCAGCUUCGCCCAGAAAGAAGCACAUCUGUCAUAGCAGUCUAAAACAUUGUUAAAGAUGCGAUUCCAGCUAACUAUCUUCCUCGCCAUCGCGGCUUUCGUUUCGACGGCCUGGGCAGCGUCUGGUCCUGCUACUCCUCCGGCUACUGAUCCUGCCACUCCUCCGGCUACCGAUCCUGCCACUCCUCCGGCUACUGAUCCUGCCACUGAUCCCGCCACGCCCACUACUCCAACUACUCCCACUACUCCCUCGGCAUCUGAUAGCAGCACCACCGCACCCACCACCGUGGCUCCCACCACCAAGAAACCAAGUGAGAAGAAGAAGACCGUUGUCCACUACAAGAAGAAGACCCACAAGCCGAUCAGACGCCGCAAGAUUCGCCGUUCACAUGAAGGCAAGAGGAAGAACCGAUCCCGCCGGGAUUAAGAAGGACAUCUCGUUUUGUACACCGCAGACCCUGAAGAUCUACUUGAACGACCCACACGCACCUUGUUAAUCCUAGUGUUACUUUACUCUUAUUAAGUUUGCAAUAUUUAAAUUAAAAACAUAUUUUAAAAUUUAAAAAAAAUCAUU